GGCCAGAGCAGAAGCUUUUCUACAGAUCAGUGUUUCGUGACUGGAUGAGCACGCGUCAUCCCAGAAAUAACUUUCUUCCAGCUUUCUAUUUUGUUCCGACAUCCAGCCUGCAUUAGGCCAUUAGCCAACUUGUCGCUAGUAGAUGACACCAACUGGCGAUAUGAUUGGCUUACAACGAGCUGAAGCUCUCCAACAAAGAGACACGCGAUCUGAUCCUCAAGAUUUUACCUUCAGUCAUCAGCAAAGAUCUAGCCAAUGUUCCCCAACGAGAGAUCGUUCAGACUAUCAACGAGCACAGUUUCGAAGAAUGUACCGUUACGGACUGUCACUGUUGCUCGUAGGAGCCCUUUGCAACUGGAUUGGAUUCGCUCAACAUUAUUUCGCCCCAGUUCGAUAUUUAGGCGUCGGAUGUGUCGUUGCUGGUGCCCUUUGCAUCUGCAUUGCGCUUUGCCGUUGGCUAACUAUACGUGAUAGAUGCGGUGAUCCAUCCACCAAUCAGGAUACAUCAUGUAGCGCAGAACCCAAUAUUCAUGUCAUAGCCGUCCCAGUUCAAAAUGGCGACUCAUUCCACCAGCAACAGCAAGGGAAUAUUCUCACCAAACCACCAGACUACGAAACUGCUGUUGGAUGUAAACCUCCAUCUUACGACGAGGCUGUCAGAAUCUCCCCAGCUGCCUUUUUACAUCCAUACUCAUGUUCGGUAUCAGUUACUUUGCCUGAUUCGGGAGUGCGUGUCAUCCAUACCAACAGCCAACUUUCCAGUCGACCGUCUUCCCCGGCGAUCAAUACUGGCACUUCCCGGAACGAUGGUGUAUAAGUGUGCAGCGGAUUGUACGCGGGAAACGUUUCCGCAAAGUGUGCCAAGCACACAGUAUCUUUCAUAGACGGACCUAAUUGCAUUCGAUGCCGCCUCUUUUUUUGCCAAACUUCCAUCCCAAUGAUCGUCCUUGUUACAAGCGGAUAGGAAGAAGUUUGAAAUAUUCAUCACUAUACCUUGCCGAAAUAACCGUGAUGUGAUUCGACAAUGACCGAUUGAACGUUACAGUUCAGUUUGUUUAUUGAACUUCAUAUCCACUGUUGUUAAAUUGUGUCUUACUGAAACCUGUAAAUAAUGUCAAAUCUCUUAAGCUUCGUGUUAAAAAUGCAAAGGGACCACAUAAAACUAAAAUUUCGUAACCAUGAUGUUCAGUUACAUGUUUUUUCUUUACCACAAGAAAUUGUUGUAUAACUGUCGUAGCUAGACGAGCGUGCGCUUUUGAGUCGCUAGUCAAGGUUCAAAUGUCGUCAAUGGUUCUUAAUUUUUGUAUAACGCAUUGUCUCCACGUUGACGCCGUCCUCGCAAAACUCUGUAUCCCUUUGAUGCGUGAUUCAUACAGUAUGUUUUUGUUCUGUU